AUGAGCUCAGAAAGUGCUACUGUUCCAGCUACUGAAAUCACCGCUGAAGAUGUGUUAUGGUACAUUCCAAACAAGAUUGGGUAUGCCCGUGCUGUUACUGCAGUGAUAUCCUUUUUCACUAUGCAAAACUGUCCUAUCUCCACUGCUAUUGUAUACACUGCCUCCUGUUUAUUAGAUGCUUUAGAUGGUACUAUGGCUAGAAAAUAUAACCAAGUGAGUCGUCUGGGUGCCGUUCUAGAUAUGGUCACUGAUAGAUCCACAACUGCUGGUCUACUGUGUUUUUUGACAUUAGCAUACCCAACCUGGGGUCCAUUUUUCCAAGUAUUAUUAGCUUUAGAUAUCACUAGUCAUUACAUGCACAUGUAUGCCAGUCUCGCUAUUAGUGGUGGUUCUCAUAAGAAUGUUACAAAGGAGUCUUCUGCAUUGUUACAUUUGUAUUACUCAAGAAGAGAUGUUCUGUUCACAGUGUGCUUCUUUAACGAGAGUUUUUUUGGUGGGUUAUACUGGAUGGCUUUUGACAAAUAUUACACUGCAGGUAAAUGGAUUGCAAUUAUUAGUUUUCCAUUGUGGGCUUUCAAGCAAUUUGCUAAUGUCAUCCAAUUGCAAAGAGCUGCCCUUAUGUUAGCUACAGAAGAUGCCAAGGAUGCCAACGAAAGAAACAAGGCUAAAUAA